AUCUAUUACUAAAAUGACCUCUGUUACAGUUUUAGACAAUUGACCAACAUCAACACAAUGUCCUUGUGUACAGUGUCACAAUAUAUUUAAAGAUAUUUAGACUAAUCUUAAUCGUUAAAGAUUUGAAUCAUUAAACUCUUUGAUACUUUUAUGAAACCCUCCACAGACAGACAGGACAAUCAGAUAUUUACCCAAACAUUUAGAGAACAUGCACAUAUUAAAUAACAUGAACUCAACCACCUGUUGCUCACUUUACUAUUUAAAAAUGUCCCUCAAAGGCUUCUGUAGUUGUUCUAAAUGAGUUCAUAGUUUUAACUCUGCGGGUAAUACUACAGCUGUGAGCAGGCAUUACAUCUCUCCUGGUCGCUUUAAGUUACUGAUAAAACAUUUUUACAGAAUCAGUAUCAAGCACGAUGCAGCUGCUGGGGUUCGCUGCGCAUGCGCGGAGUCUGUCACGACUGUGUGCGCUGCUGCUGCUGCUGCCGCUGCGGCUGCUGCAGGUGCAAACAUGGCGAUGAAGGCGCUCCGAGGGAUGGUGAACGGGGCCAUGAGCGAGCUCUCCUCCGCCGUCAGCGGGAGCAGACCUCCGGCCGCCGCUCCGGCUCCUAGCGCCGCCACCCGGGAGCAGGUGAUGGCCGUGCGCCGGGAUUACAUCUCCCAGCCCCGCCUCACCUACAAAACUGUGUCUGGAGUCAAUGGUCCGCUGGUGAUCCUGGAUCAGGUGAAGUUUCCGCGGUACGCAGAGAUCGUCCAUCUCACGCUGCCCGACGGAACGAGGAGGAGCGGCCAGGUGUUGGAGGUCUCCGGCUCCAAAGCUGUGGUGCAGGUGUUUGAGGGGACUUCGGGUAUCGACGCCAAGAAGACGAGCUGCGAGUUCACAGGAGACAUCUUACGGACGCCGGUCUCUGAGGACAUGUUGGGUCGUGUGUUUAAUGGAUCAGGUAAACCCAUCGACAGAGGACCUGCCGUCCUGGCUGAAGACUUCCUGGACAUCAUGGGUCAGCCCAUAAACCCUCAGUGUCGUAUUUACCCCGAGGAGAUGAUCCAGACGGGAAUAUCUGCCAUCGACGGCAUGAACAGCAUCGCCAGAGGACAGAAAAUACCCAUCUUCUCUGCUGCAGGGCUGCCGCACAACGAGAUCGCCGCUCAGAUCUGUCGUCAGGCCGGUUUGGUGAAGAAGUCCAAGGACGUGAUGGACUACAGCGAGGACAACUUCGCCAUCGUUUUUGCUGCCAUGGGGGUGAACAUGGAGACCGCUCGCUUCUUUAAGUCCGACUUUGAGGAGAACGGUUCCAUGGACAACGUCUGUCUGUUCCUCAACCUGGCCAACGACCCCACCAUCGAGCGAAUCAUCACGCCUCGUUUAGCUCUGACAUCAGCAGAGUAUCUGGCCUAUCAGUGCGAGAAACACGUCCUUGUCAUCCUCACCGAUAUGAGCUCGUACGCCGAGGCUCUGCGAGAGGUGUCUGCAGCCAGAGAGGAAGUGCCGGGCCGGCGUGGUUUCCCUGGUUACAUGUACACCGACCUGGCGACCAUCUACGAGAGAGCGGGCAGAGUGGAGGGACGGAACGGCUCCAUCACUCAGAUCCCCAUCCUCACCAUGCCCAACGACGAUAUCACUCAUCCCAUUCCCGACCUGACGGGUUACAUCACCGAGGGACAGAUCUACGUGGACCGACAACUUCACAACAGACAGAUCUAUCCGCCCAUCAACGUGCUGCCGUCUCUCUCUCGUCUGAUGAAGUCCGCCAUCGGGGAGGGAAUGACCCGCAGAGACCACUCUGACGUCUCCAACCAGCUGUACGCGUGUUAUGCCAUAGGGAAGGACGUGCAGGCGAUGAAGGCGGUGGUGGGGGAGGAGGCUCUGACAGCUGAUGACCUGCUCUAUCUGGAGUUCCUCACCAAGUUUGAGAAAAACUUCAUCUCCCAAGGUGCCUACGAGAACCGGAGCGUGUUUGAGACUCUGGAUGUCGGAUGGCAGCUGAUGAGGAUUUUCCCCAAAGAGAUGCUGAAGCGGAUCCCUCAGAGCACCCUGGCCGAGUUCUACCCCCGAGAGGCCAAACACUAAAAC